CCUCUGGGAUAUCCUACGCGCUUGCCUGUUUUCCAGUCGUGUUAUUAGCGAGCUAAAGAGUCUUACUAUUACCCAGUAAGAUGGCAAUUAUUAGGUAGUAUUCAGUCCGAGUUGAACUUUAAAGAAAGAAGAUGUCGGACAUAUUGUGCAGGUGGCUGAACGAGGAGCUCCGUCUGUCAAAAGCUGUUGAGCCAAAGACCUUUGCCAAGGAUUUCUCCAGUGGUUAUCUAAUAGGGGAGGUUCUGCAUAAAUACCAGCUGCAGAAUGACUUCAGUAUGUUUAUGAAGAAGGACACCUCCAUCUCCAGGCUGAAUAAUUUUACCCGUGUCGAGCCUACUCUCCGGUUACUGGGGAUCUCCUUUGACAUAAACACAGCCCAGGACCUGAUGCAGGAGAAGCAGGGUGUUGCCAUGCGUCUCCUUUACCAACUCUAUGUCUCACUUGAAAAGAAGAAGAAAGCAGAAAUCAGCAGCAGACUGAUGGAAAUCAUGCAGCCUGCAGCCACUGCUGGCCUGCACAAAAAAGAACAUGAGAUCUACUCUGACCGACUGCAUCAGGUGGUGAAACGCGAUGCAGAGCUAAAGCUACAGAAAAUUACUCAACACUAUGAGAAGAAAUGCCUGCAACCGAAUGACACGUUUGUGACCCAUCCCAUCCCGCAGAAGAGACAACUCAGAGACCAGGAUCAGAAGAGAGUGAAGAAUAUUGAGAAGCAGCGUGUGUGUCAUGAGAAGCACAAUGGCAUCAUGACUCAUACCCAGGCCACUUUUGUCCAAGUGCCUAAGCCACCUCCGUACACGUCACAGCUCAACCUAAAGAGGAGACAACAGCAGAAGCAUUGCCGAGAACAACAGGCGCAGAGGGUCCAGACUGAAUUAGCCCAGUUUGAGACAAGGAAGAAACUGGUUACUUGUGGUUUUGCGUCCUCGUUAAGUGGUCAGUCCUUCUCUGGAGAUUUUCCUCGCAAUGGCAGCAGCCAGGGCUGUGAGGUCCCUGGAGGUGGAACCAAGCUGAUAUUGCAAUCCAAUAGCAAGUAUAUACAGGAUGUCAGGCAGAGGCUGGAGAAGAGUGCUGUGACUCGCGAGCAGAGAGAGAAAAUGCGAAACAGAUUGUUGGUGGAGCGGCUCAAGGCCCAUGAAGCUCAAGAGGAGGCACGGCGAGAGGACCAGCUGGUGAAGCAUCUGACGUGUCAGACUCAGCAGGAGCAGCGUUUGGCAACUCAACUCCUCCAGAUUCGUGUGCAGAAGGACCGGAUCCGGGAGAACCGCCUGUUCAGAGAGCAGCAGUACAAGCAGCGGAGAGAGCGGGACUUCCAGGAGGCUCUGGAGAGGGAGGCGGCUUUGGCUCAGCAGGAUAAGUUGGAGCUCGCCGAAGAGAUCAGAAAGGAGCUUGAAUUCUGUAACAGGAUUGCUGCUGAGCAAGCUCAGAGCAGAUACAAGAAGCACUUUAAUAUCUGCAAGGACAUUUUGGAACAGAUAGUGGACUUGGCCACCAAGGUUGGAGAGUAUCGACUGCUCACUGGGAAUCUGGUUCCAGCAAAGCCGAUGAGAGAGUGGAAGGAAUUGCUGCUCAGUGGUCUGCCUCUCUAUGAGCCGAUUAAGUGCCAGCAGCCAGGGUUUGAGUUCUCUACACCACUAGAUCCCACAGAGCUUAAGAAGCAGGACAUACUCAAAAACCAGGACUAUGAUGAAUACACUAACAUGGUUGGUGAGUGGGCAUGGCUGGAGGAAGCAGGGGAGUCCAAAUUACCCCUGACCAACAACAGUAUUCUCGGGCAUAUUGUCGUUCGACUGAGGAACAUUGUUCAUCCGGCCAUCGUAGAACCCUUGUCAUCUUCAUUCCCUCACUUUACCCUGAAGGCCUGUGUCCUUGGCAAGUUUUGCUCUGGCAAGACCACCUGCCUAGCCAAGUUUGCUGAAGCCCGUGGCAUUUAUGUCUUAUCAGCUGACACACUGAUUGAGGAGGCGUUGAAUGCUUACCGUAACAGAGAGGAGAAGUUAAAGGUCACAGAGCCGCAGGGAGAGAAAGACAAUGAGCAACCAGUCACAUCCUCCACAUCACUGAAGCCUGAUCGUGACACUCAAGAGGAAAGUAAAGACAGCAACAUAAGACUGUCUACCCAGGGCUUGCAGGGCGCAGCUGCUGAAAAAGAGCUAAGGAAAGGCAAUGCCAUCCCUAAUGAGCUGUUAGUGGAGAUCAUAGUAGAGGCUAUCAGGCAGAUUCCAGCUCAGUCAGGUUGGAUCCUGGAUGGCUUUCCAGCGGAUAUCACCCAGGCUCACCUGCUAGAGAAAGCCCUGGGUGGGUCUGUAGAUGAAGGGAAUAGUGCUGUAAGCAGCAGGACGAACCUUGCUGCUGAUCCUAACCCACCCAGACCUCCAACACCCCCACCUCCUGUUCUGGAUGUGGCUCUGCUGCUGGAUAUCCCUGAUGAGUGUGUGGUCAGACGUCCAUUCAGUCAGACGGAUAUAGAUAAUGCUGCUGCUACAACCUCCCAUCCCACAGACAGGAACGUGUAUGUAGCACAGAUUCCACACAGGAUCAAAGCUUUUCAGGACACUUGGUCAAAACUAGAGAAAUGGUAUGGUGGAAAGCAAAACAUUUUGGUUCGUGUUGAUGCAGAGGUAGACGAGGAGGAGCUUUACAAAAGGGUGGAGUCUGCCCUGCUGCACGUUAUGAUGCAAAAACAGGAAGCUCUUGCCUCUCCUCCUGGUGAAGAUUUUGUGUUGAACAGUGGGAAAGUUCUGGACUCCUUUACAGCCACAUCUCCACCUAUAGAUCAACCUCAGGCCCUCACAGACAGUGUCCCUGGUCCUACAGAUUCUUACUCCAGCCUUAAAGAGGAAAAAGUUCAAAGUGUGAAGUCACUCUCCAAAUCCAACACACACUCUCCCAGAGGGCACUCUAGGAAGGCAUCAAUGUCCUCAGUGACCAAUGAGGACUCUCAGGGAGUCCCCAAGAACUCACCUGAGUCUGCCUCUCCCUGCCCUGGUUCAUCCAGCUGGGUCUAUGUGGAUGAUCCCCUUCCUCCAGAGAUCCCAGAGUACCUGUGUCAACAUUGGGACACAGUGUGUGAUUCCUAUGUGAACAAUGUAAAGACAGUGAUGCAGCAGCUGCGCUCACAACGCACUGUUAUUGACCGUCACCUUUUCAACAUCAGAGAGGAGUAUAAACAUUACCUGGGGCGUCCAGACUUGAAGCAAGAGUUAGUGUCUCAUUGGCAGAAGGACUUCAACAACGUACCUGAUGAUAUGAGAGAAGACGAGGACACCAAAGCAGAGCUGCACCUGAGACUGGAUGAACUGCGUGAACGUUUGUGGGACAUUAGUGACAAGCGUAAAGAGGAGGACGAGCAAGAGAAGGCUGCUCUCAUGGAUAAUGGCUGGUUGGAGGAACACACUGCCGUCCUCAUCAACCAUCACUCUGUGCUCAUGCAGGUAGAGAUGGACCGUUUCCAGGACACACUGUAUAUUCUCAGAGUUUACUAUUUGAGCUUGCAGAGACAGGAGCCUCCUGAGCUACCCUCCAAGUUGGAUCGUAUCCCCCUGCUGAACACCCCAGAAAUUAAGGAUCAGGACGAGAGGCGUCCUGACUCCAAGAUGAAAGACCAGAGUCAGACAGAAUCUGACAAGCCACCCCAUGAGAAACUGAUUUCCGACUAUGAGGAGGCACUCACAGCCAUGAGCAAAUUGGUGUCAGCAGAAGGCCACCAGGGGGAGACGCAAGAGCAGAAGGAGGGACAACAAGAGAAGGAGAGGGCGAAGGCAUCUGCAAGUGCACACAAAAGGGAAAAAGGGAAGCAGUCAUCAAAAAAACAGAGAGGUCCAUCAUCAUUAAAUCCAGCACCCAGCCCUGCACCGGCUGAUGACAAAAACUCAGAGAAGACUCAUAAUCAACUACUCACAAACAAAUUACAUAAAGAAUAUGCAGCUGCACUGGAUCAUGAGGCAAAUGCAGCAAAGGUGCGCAUUGCGCUGUUAAAAGGUCAUGGUCUGGUGAUGGUGCACUCCCUGCAAAGCAGAGCAGAGGAGGCAUUAAGCAGCAUGAAGAGGUGGUUAGAGGCACACUACCUUGCAGAAAUGAAAAGUAUUGACCAACUAUCAGAGGUGGUUCGCCACCACAUAGAGGCUGGUGCUAAGAUGCAGAAUGAGCUGGUUUUGGAAUGUACUGACUUCUACCUGAAUGGAGACUGCCACAUGGUGGCAAGCCCCCCGGCUCCCCCUCCUCGUCCACCGCCUCUGGAGAAACCCACACGGUCCACCCCGACCAUCAUUCAGCUAGAGUCACUCCACCGAGCACUAUGCAACAUUGCCCCAUCAGGCCUCAUGUCCAGUUCUGAGUUCUCCAGUUUGGUCAGGGAUUUAAUCUCUGUUAACAUGGGCAGAGACACCUUGCCUCAGCCCUGGAUCAACAUGAAUGAAACACAGUUGAUGGAGCUUGUAUCUCUGCUAAUGGAUGACAAUGAGCUGAUAGACUGGCGUCAGUUUCUGCUCAGCGCUGCCCUCCCGUGGACGUUUCCGUCCUUAUCACAGCUGCUGGGCGUGCUACGUGGUUUCAAGGCAGCAGAUACUGGCAACACAGGCUAUAUAAACAAAGAUCAGUACCUACAGACAGAGUUGUGGUUCACCAGUGAGAGCAUCCAGCCCAUCCCUGAAGACCCCUCUGAGCUGCUACCUUAUGAUCGUCUGGCUAACCUACGCAAGUUCUUUUUCCAGUUGUUUGCGGACUGCUCUGUCUCUCCCCCUCGACUGGACUAUGUGUCCAUGCUGCAGUACUUUGCAGCCGACCCUAACCCCAGACAGGGCUUCAUCAGAGCACUUAGUGUAGUGCUGGGCAAACAUCUCAGGCACUCCUCACCCGGCCAUCUUGUCAAGUCAAUGCCCAGUAUAGAUGAGGCUGCAGAGCUCAGCUCCUCAGAACUUGAUGGAGACCACAAGGAAGAAGAGACUCAGUGCGCAUCAAGCACUUCGUUGGGGGAACAGGAAGUGUCCAUCCCUGCUCUCCUUGCCGUCAUCUGCCACAAAGUCACUAAGAUGAAAGACGACAGCCUCCUUCCUCCAGGCUGCUUCAGGAGUCAGGAGGAGCACAACGAGCACCUGGUGCAUAUGUUCAGAGAGCUGGGCUACAAGCCUGAGGACUGCAUCCCCUUCUCUGUUCUCUCCCAGCAUCCUUUCAUCCAGGGCCUGAUGGAGACCUCAACACAAUACCAGCUUGUAAACAUUCACAGAGUGCUGCUGGCCCAUCAGGAUGAAGCAGAGGCUAACAGCUUGGCAGUUUCCUAAAGUAUAAGACAUACAUAUACCGUACAUACACACACACUGGUGUCUGCAUCACAAAGAACUCUUUCACUAAGGAAAUGCAAAAGAUGUUGAAGCGUUCUCAUUACUUUUACAUUUGACGUUUGCUGAAAUGUAUCGCUUGUUUCAGUAUUAAAUAAAUACGUCUGCAGCCACAUCUUGCGGUCAGUAUGUAGAAAUGUCUGUGCCUGAUGCAGGGUGGAAUCACAACAAUAACAUCAACGACGGCAGGAUUGACCUCUCUUAUUCCCUUUUUUUCCCCUGAUACACUCCAGCAGUUUUUCUGACUGACUUGUUUUUCUAAUGACCUCUCUGACACAGAAAAGCAUUGGUUGUGGCUACAAUGAGUGCAUUGUCCAGGAUAACCUACAUGUCAAGCCUGACUUACCAGCAACUGCCUGCCAGGGCACCCACAACUCUACCAACGUCCAUUCAGCAGUGAUGAUGUGUUACGGUAGCUACUCUACUUAGCAGCCACUGCUGCCUGUUUGCCAGUCAAGUUACUGUGCAUGCUGUUUGUGAAUUACUGAAUGUGUAAAAAUAGGGGCAUGUAUAGAUAUGUAAUCAGUGCUGUUUGCUAACUUUUCACAUUACAGCAGAUAUGGCAACGUUUCUCUGCUUCAUUAAUUUAGUUAGAUACAGGUGUGACAAUAAAUAUCAUCAUUAUCAUCAAUAAGUUCCUUCAUGUACUCAUUGAUUGAGGGGAUUUCAUUCUGUCAGCAGCCUUGAGAGAAUGUAAGUCCUGUUAACAUUUCCGUUUGUCUAAUUUGAUACAACAAGGCUCGGGGAACCCCAACACCCCACCCCUCUGACCCACCUCCCUGUCUCUUUUUCCCUCCCUUUCAUUACCGCUGCAGGUCCAAGGCUCUUGGACGUCUCAGUGUCUGACUUUUAGAGAAAACAGAGCCACUCACAUUAUGUCAUACAGACAGAAUCAUACUUGCAGACUUGCAUCUAUAACCUGAAUAAUACGGAAUAAAUCAGGGCCUUAUUUCGGACGUUUUACAUUUGUUGCAAGAUAAAGCGUACUGGAUACAGUCUUUGUUUACUGUGUAAGGAUUUUGGAUUUCCCUCGUAUCGACUUGACACUGCAGAGUGUCUAAGAGAGUCUUUACUCCUGCGCAAACAGUGAGAUCAGAAAGAAGACUUUCAGGACUUUACGUGGUGCUCUGAAAAGACGAUGUAAAUUUUCUGUUUUAUGCUGGUAAUCCUGUGUUUUUUUCCUUCUUAUGUCUUGUGGAAAAUUUUGUGCAGAUCAAAUUUCUGUUUUCGAGCCUGUUUGCCCCAGUUACUCACUGGAUCCAACUUUCUUUCUCAUAAGGAAUUCUUGUUCGCGCAUCAAAGUUUUCAUUACAGUUUAUGUUUGAAUUGGAGGACUAUUUUAAGAGGACCUUGGCUGCAGGUCAGCGUGCGGUAUUCUAAGAACAACAUGGGAAUUGUAUUUUGGAUGUUUUCUCUUCUGGCUCUUCCAGUCCUUCAGUCUGCCAAGAUCCUGACUGUCUGUCUAAUUGGAGGAAGCCACUACUUGUUACUAGAUGAAAUUUCUCACAACUUACAUCAGCAUGGCCAUGAGGUCCGCAUGCUCCUGCAGCUGGGCAACCCUGUGAUU